CUUGGACUUUACCCCUGAUUCUUUGUUAACUGAAAGACACAAAGCCUCUGAGACACCAUUUUCCAUUACUGUUCCUGGUGCUGGGCUGCGGUCCUAUUUUAAGAUACAAUCAAUUGUGUUUCGAACAUUUUAGGGAAACAGCAUGGACUUCUCCAUGCAGCUCCACGGGAGGUCUGUGAAAUAGAAUUGCAAUGUGUGACCUGCGCAGGGUUUGUCUCGUGUCAGUACAGGAUUCUGAGCGUUCUCUUCACUUUCCUCAGGAAGUGUGAACACUAAUGAUAUUUCGCCUCCACUGUAGAUGAUAGUUAUUGAACUGAUUCAGAUAAAAUUAGUUUCUAUUCCGGUAAAUACAAUCCUUAAUUUAAAGAGAAUCUCGGGUUUUCUCUUUUCCCUUCUGUAUAUUUUUUCUCUACACUGCUCAUUCCCUUCAUUAUAAUGUGAUUGGGGUUUUCUUUCUGUUCAUAAACCAAUAGUUUGCAGCAGUAAUAAAAUAUAAUUACAAACACCAAUGGUAAAGGUUCACAAAAAUUGCCACCUUUAUGUUGUAUUUACUUAGCCUAGACUGAGGUCCUUGAGGGGCUUUUUAUUUUUUCCUAACAGCGUCUCACGAUAUAGCCUAGGCUGUCCUCAGACUGGCGACUAUUUACCCAUCAUUGUUAUAAAAGCUAGAGAAGCAAUAGAAGAUUUUUAAAAAAAUGUCUCUACCAUUACAGAGCUUCUAACUUUGCAAGAAAGAUAAGUCAUAAUUAAAUAAUCAAGCCAGAGGCUGCUGAGGUGAGGAAGAGAUGUGGGACCAUCAGGAGCUCACCACGGUGAUUCCCAGCUGGGUAUAGGAAAUUAAAAUGGGUGUGGCAUCGGUGGGUUGAGCUUCAAAGGUUGAGUUAGCUAAGUGAAGGGCAGAGGCUGGAGGUCAGAGAUUGGAAAGGACAAGAAGGAAAAAGUUAUAAAACUACAUGGAACUGUGCCUCUCUUUCCCUAUGCUUUAUCUAGCCCCUUGCCUGCCUGUCUGCAGGCCAUCGCAGCCAGAUUGGAAUCUGUCUCCCUUUUUAACAGUUUCAGAGACAAUUCCUCAACUCUUGGUAGUCUGUUCUUCAGUUUCUGGAAAUUCCUGCCAAGGUUCACAAGAAGAUAGGCCUUUGUGACCCGUAAUUUCUAAAAGGCAUGCUUGACAAUGAGCAAUGACUCAAUCAAUAGGAAAAGUAAAGUCAGAGAUCUCCCCCUUGGGAAAAGUCAAGAGCACAGGUCACUGCAGCUGAGGAACCCAAGCUGGAAUCCCUCGGAGCAUGCUGGAGGGCCCCAGCUAGGGAACUGAGGACCUCUGUCCUACCCGCAACAUCACAAGCUUGGGCUACAAAGGAGCAUUUGUGUGCCGCACCCAGAGAAGGAGCUCCGAUGAAGUUAUGCAUAAGGAGUGAUUGUUGUCAAAGUCUUGUCGCUGGAGUUUUUCCAAGAUUGGGUACCCAGAAUUGAUAACCUUUCCGACUACGUACAGUGCUCAAAGAUAAAGGGCAGCAAUUAGCAUCAGGCGAUCCUACUGAAAACCCAGUGGGAUGAGAAAGAAUCAGGACCCAAAGGCAUCCUUACUGUAGGUAAUAGAGCUUGCAGAGGUUGUCGGGAAGGGAUAGGAAAUAAGGUUUCAUCGUAUUUCCAAGAACAGAUUUAGUUUGUAAAUGCUGACUGAAUACCAGACACUGAACUGGGUGGCAGAGUAUGAGGGCACGUUCUCCUAAAGAGGAGACUGCCUGCUUCAAAAGAUAGUGUGAGCAAACACCGUGAAGGCCGCCAGCAAAGGCAGGGGUGUGGCGCUGCCGGAGGCAAGGGAGACUCGUGUGCAAACACCGAAGGAGAAACCCAAGAGGGCCUGGGUGUAGUGCAGAAGCAGGGCACUUGCCUAGAAUUCUGUGGUCCUAGGGUAGAUCCCCAACAGCAGAAAGGGGAGAGGGAAACUUCACAGCAGAGCCUCACAGAGAAGCUGUUGAACCUGUGAGCGCUUCGUCUGCGCUACUGGCACAGGUGCGCUGCCACUUCACGACCAGCAGCUGGGAGAGGGGAACGUUCCCCACUGGAUGUCCUGAAAGGUCCACGUCGUGAAGUAAUUUGCUGAGACAUAAAUUCGAAUGGGCUUCCAGGAGGCUAAGGAGUCCCUGCCGGGCACAUGUGCAGUGUGUGGACCUCACUGAACACCUGGCAUUUGUGUCCCCAUACAGUUCACUUAUGCUCUUCUUGGACAUUUGCACAGUCAAGCUGGGAGCUGCCUGACCUGAGGGAAGGAAGAGUGAAAGCCAUCAGUGAUUCAGACGGGGUGAGCUACCCCUGGUACGGGAACACCACAGAGACUGUGACCCUGGUUGGCCCCACCAACAAGAUCUCCAGGUUCUCCGUCAGCAUGAAUGAUAACUUUUACCCCAGCGUGACAUGGGCAGUGCCAGUGAGUGACAGCAACGUGCCACUUCUCACCAGGAUCAAGAGGGACCAAAGUUUUACCACCUGGCUGGUAGCCAUGAACACCACCACCAAGGAGAAGAUCAUUCUGCAGACCAUCAAGUGGAGGAUGAGAGUGGACAUUGAAGUGGACCCUCUUCAGCUGUUGGGGCAACGGGCCCGGCUAGUGGGCAGGACUCAGCAGGAGCAGCCCCGGGUUCUAAGCCGGAUGGAACCCAUCCCCCCUAACGCACUCGUGAAGCCCAAUGCCAAUGAUGCCCAGGUCCUCAUGUGGAGGCCCAAGCGGGGGCCGCCCCUGGUGGUGAUACCUCCUAAGUAGAAGCGGACUGCCCAGCUGUGUGUUGCCAGGGGUGGCAGGAGCCAAACUGAGUUUCUGAGCCAAAGCAGACCUCUUGGUUUGCCAGCCUCUGCAGCUGCUUGUGAAGAGUCCAGCUGCUCCUCGGGUGGUAGAACCAUAACCCUUAAGAAAAGCCCCUUCCUCUUAGGAAUAAAGAAAUCACUGAUUUGACAGACUUGCUGUGAUUACCAUGCAAGUAGCCAUAUUUUGCAGCUGACCGGGAUGAUUCUUUUAUUUGAACUAUUGACCAUUUCUUUCCUGUGAGAUGCAGGAGAGGUAAAUGAAACUAAACAGUGCCUGUGGCGGAUGCUGCUUCCCAACCAAUUAGAAGCGCGCGUGGAAACAUCCACACCAGGUGUUCGUAAGACAGUCCCCCGUGUGUGACUGGAGGGUGUUGGGGAGUUGGGUGAAGGAUACUGGGUGAUGGGGAGAGAGAAGAAGUUGUUGCUACAGAUUAAUAGCAAAUAUUAGUUGAUGAUCAGAUCGUCAGCACGUUCUCUGGAAUGAGGGGAACACAUAAACACUCUGUCCCAGAGCUGCCCUAGGAGCUGUCCAAAGUGCUGAUGUCCGCAGCCCCAGUGGAGACUGGCUGCUUCCAUACACUCUCAUUCCAAAGAGAUGGUUCGUUCUAAGUGUUCGUCACAGUAUUGGCUAUGUAGUUCCUGUUUUCUGCAGUAACUGUGGCACUGGGUCCCUCCUGGGUUUUUUAGUGACUCAGUCUGUGACUUUGUUUACAACUACAGAUUCCUCACCAGCCCUUGGUUUACAAAGAUGUACAGCCUCCUGUCAUUGCAGGGUUUCGGGAACAUCUCCACAAAUGAGACCGAUACUUUCAAGUUUUAAUCUCUGACUUGUUUGGACACAGGAAGUGUACACGUCUGUGCACGCACAUGUGUUCUCACACACCAGUAUUCAGAGAUCAUAACAACGAGUCUUGCCAGUAGUGCCUGAAUGUUCAUCUAUGGCCUUUAAACACACAUAGUAUGUACACCAUAAGUCCACAUAGGUUAACUUCAACUAUAGUUAACAAAAAUUCAACUUUAACUGCUUGUCCAGCUGUAGGGAGGAAGUGUUUCUUACUUCUUUAGUGAAAAUCUGGGCAUUUUCUUUAAGCAAACUUGUAACACUGAGAUCCAGCCAAUAAAGGUGGGAAGCCAGAUGUCCUUAAUCCAGCUGUGUAAAACUUUCUAAUGAGUUUCCAGUAUUUACAGUGGAAAGAUUUCCAACCCUUUCAGCCUAAAUCACCCCCUCCCAGAAAAGAGCUUUCCUUGUUAUUCUCAGUAGUGCAGGUUGUGAGAUGGAGCCCUCUUUGUUCCAAAACUCCCCGGGAGAACAAACUACAGAGCUCUCACAAUGUUGUACAUUGAAUAAGUAAAUUCUUCAAGCUUAAUUUCAGAAGUGUGAGAUUCCAAGUCUGGAGCCAUUAUACCGAUCCUGUCAUUGACCCCCAAGCCUGCCAGAGUUUGGGGACAGAGAAUGUGAACUGGAAAGGCUUGUCCAUUGCUUUUGUUUAAAAUGCACUGUAGUUUAAUUGCUGUUAUGCUCUAGUCCCAGAGGAUGCGACUCAAAAUUACAUAGCACUAACUUCACACCCCAGCCAUCAGCUCCUCUCUCAUAGACUAGUAAUUGAUGGCAAGUCAUUUAUAACAACACAUUAAUGCCCAUCUGUGAGUUGCAAAGACUCUUCUAUUUAGAAAUAAUUCAGCUGUUAUUUUUGUUAUUUUCUCUGUCCUUUCCCAUGCUCCCCUCCUUCUUCAUGGCAGAGCUGACCUCAGAGAGCUACAAGCUGAAGACUAAAGCUGCUUAUUUUCCAUGCUGACAUCAGAAGCACCAAUCUCUCCCUCAUUGAAUUAGAUGCCACUUUUAUGAGAUUUGGGGCAGUGGAUGCUGAUCUUGGAAUCCAAGUCACAUAGCCCCACUUUAAGAAAACCUGAUUUUUUUUUUCCACAUCUAAAAUUGUAACAACAGAUGAAUAAGAAAGAGUUUAUAUUAAAAAUCCUAUGCAAGGCUUCAGUCUUUAAAUGUCCCUAGCACAUUAAGAUAUGAGUCACACAAUUAUAUUUCCAUAAAAUAUAGCUUUUCAAAGACCUGUCUAUACUUAUAAAGCAAGGUGCAGCAUGCUUACCUAAGCUUAUUCCUACUUAAAAAGAAUCACUUCAGAUUUUUAAAAUAAACUACCCCCAGGUGGUUUCCUGGGGAAUGAUGUAAUAACAAUUGAGAAGAAAUAUGUGAGAAAGGGCUUAUAAAAGGUAAAAUCACUAUGCAAAUAUGCUUUACCGCUGUCAUUUGUUACUUCUCUAAACUCUUUCUCUCAGUCCUGAAGUCAACCUGGUAGAACACUCAAUUACCCAAUAGCCAAUUAUGUUAAAGUUACCAUUGUUUUACAAGGAGAUGACCCCCUUUCCCUUUGUCUGUGGAUCAUUGACUUUUAGCUUAGUCAGGAUAUUGCCAAACAAAGGCUCUCUUACAGGAGAGAGUUAACCUUGAGAUCUCUGCGGGGGCGGGGGGGGGGGUCACCUGCAUUUUCUCAUCAGGCUGCACGUCUCUUGAGAACGGGGGUCUGAUGCCAGACGACAUCAGUUUCAAACCGACUCGCUCUGAGCCUUUGGUGUGAGUUGGGUGGUCUCUAAACUAUAUUUGGACUUUAUAUUUGGGUCAUAGUUUCUUAGUGACACAACAGUUUAAAACCUCCUGUAUUCGUAAGAACAUUUCAUCAGGUCUUAAAUCCUUAAAUGAGGUCACCCUUGAGAUCCUCUAGUCUAUGAUCUCCAAGGAAAUUGAGGCCCAUUUAAAUUAGGUCAACUAUUCAGGAUCACAAAGCUCAUCAGCACAGGCCUGAGUCUCCCAGACCACAGCUUACAAUACAGACACAUUGCCUGGGACCUGGGGUCUUUCCUCGAUUCCAGCCAGAAACGCUGCCAUUGUUCCAGAAUCAUUCACCCACAAAUCAAUAAGCCGAGAAAUUAAAAACAAUUGGGUCCAGAAUCCUUUCCGUUAUAAUGUCAAAAAAGGAACAUUCCAGAUUACUUUCUAUCUGUGACAGUUGUUUUGAUAGUGAACCUUUAAUCUGUUCUCUGCUGAUUGCAUACCACAUCGGCAGGAGGCUGGAGGCUGGUCCCCUGUCUGCCUUCCAGUCAAUGAAUCAUUUUGGAUCCCCCCCCCCCCCCCCCCCCGCCCCGCAAUGAAUACCUCAAAGGCCAAAGUCAUGGUCUAAGAAACAACUCUGCAUAGUAAAAUAAAAUAGCAAUGAUUUAUAAAAGAUUUUGCAAAAGGCUUCCACACGCGUUUUCUCAUCCACAGUCAUCGUAAGAAGUGUGAUUCGGUGGUGGUGGUGGUGGUGUUAUUGUCCUCUUCUUACAAAUAGCAAGUUGAGACCAAAGAGGGUAAAUGAUGUAUCCGCAGGCACACAAACAGGAAAAAAUGCCAAAAGCCAGGAUUCAAACUGAGCCUUUUGGUUCAAACCCCCAUUUUCUCCCUCUAUAUGGUGCUGUCCCUUAGUUUAGCCCUUAGCACAAAGGAGAAGAAAGAAAAGGAGAAGGCAGGUCACUGUCAUCUGCACGGCCAUGUAGUCCUCCCCUACCCACCAAGUGGAGUCAUUAAAAAUGAGAGAAUGAAAGCUGUUUGCUUCCUCAAAGAGCCUUGUAAUCCCCAGGGAGGUUGGCCCAGAAAAAACGCCUGUCAGGGACUGUGGUGUGGGGGAGGUGGCUGUCACUUGUAAUUAAUGGAGUAGGAAAAGCCUACUGGUCUCCGAAUCCCUUAAACACAAGUACAAAGACAGACAGGAAGCAUGCAUCCUACAGCUGAGGUCCCAGCUGAGCACUGCCCUGCCACCCGCGGUCCCUCAAUGCCUGCGCAGGAGCAGCCCAUGGGGCGGAGGCAGUGAAAACAAUGGCUUUCCAAGGCCUUCUUGGCACAUUGAGCGUUCUUGUUAAGAACCGAGGGCGCAAUUAAACCAGCUAGAGCCAGCUCCCAACUGAGUUGCAAAGAAAGAUAUAAACGCACACAUAUACACGUGCACACACGCACGGACAAAGACCUACCACACUCACACACUUUCCAGGCUGAAAAGAAAAUUAAUCAAAAACCCAAUGAAUGCCUGAACUCUAUAAUUAAGCCUAAAUGAUCCUUAGAUAGAACAGGAGCCGAGUGAACAAGCUCAGUGAGCAAGCACACAGAUAUUUUUACCCCAGAGUCUUAUUGCCAUUAAUUUCUUUUGAGAUCUGGAGUACAUCUGGUCCCCAUUUUUCUGGUAGGACAUCUGCCUAUAGAAAGCUUCCCAGAGAGUUGCCAAGGUUAUCUGACCAUUCCCAAGCACUUCUAUAGGAAUUCCUAUGGGGAAACAUGGUAUCAUUGAUCCCCGAGUCAGGCAUAUGCUCUCCUAUAACAAAGCCCAUGGCUAGCCUCAGUAGACAGUGGCGUGAUCUCUGAAACACUCCAGUGUCUCAGCGAGGCAUUGUCUGAUGUAAGACAUUGUUUGUUGGAUCAGUAACACAUGGGCUGCAGCUGGUGAGCUGACCUUCAGGAUCCAUCAGCUUGGAAACCCAAAACCUCAUUCAGUCCCUGCGGAGCAAAGCCUGGUCUCUGGGAAGGUUGGGGAUCUCUCAGCUCUCCCCAGCCUUGGCCACCUGGCUAAAAGAGGCCUAUCCCCAGGCAGGGGCAGAAAAGAAAAGCAGGAGAAGGCCACAUGGUCCUGUAGGUAGCUAAAACUCCUCCUUUAGGAGGAAACAAGUGGCUAAGUGUCAGGACAGGGCCAGAUGGAAAAUCCCAGCACAACUGGCUGGGUUGAAAUGACCACAAAAGUCAUCCCAGAACAGCUGUAUUUUCCUCAUUUGUGGUCACAUAGCACAGAGGGGUGUGUGUGUGUGUAUUCAAUAUAUAUAUAUUGAAUACACACACACAUAUGUUUAAAUCUUUUCUUGGGUCUCUACUGGCCUGUCUGUCCCUACAGUUUUGGCUAAGUCCUUGAAGUUUGCAGGUGGUUUUACAGACCUGCCAUCUUGAAGGAGAUAAAAUGAGAAAGUACUUCCCCUCACCCUGUACAUACACAACAUAUCCCAGGCUAUCUCACAUGGUGGAGGUAUGGCUGGUUCUGUCUUCUCUCUACAUCUGCCUAUUGUGACCCCUUUCUCUAUGGUCUCUUUUGGCCCAGCUGCACAGUUGUCUUUAAGCCUGUCCCAGUCCCUAUUCCAUGCCUCAAUUAUUCCUUUCUCCCAGCUGGGCCAAAGGAUGCUCCCUAAAAGAACCAGCUCCUCUUUCCAAGACAAAUACGGAUCCAGGCCUCUAGGCAGUGGGACACAUGGCCAAGCAUCGAGCCUCUUUUACCUCUAGGCCCCUGUUUGUCUUCAGCUUACCCAGAAAAAUUGGGUUGAUCCUUAAAACAGCUGAGGGCUGGUUCAGAAAUACCAGGGGGUAGGGAAGAUACAUAUGUCACAACCGUACGGUGACACAGAGCCAAGACACAAGCAGGAUUGUAAGGGAUACAGAUAGUGCUGUGAGACAUUUAAAUCAUCAUUGAAUCUGGGGCUGGCUGAGGGCUGGCUGAGGCCCAGCAUUACUGGAGCAAGGAGGAGAUAAAAAGGAGGACAGGAUGUUUUGUUAGUUGCCAGACCUAGGGUGAAGGUGAGGCAAGCAAGGUUCUAGGACACGUAGAAUUUAAAAAGGCACUCACACUCAGGCCCAUGUGCUUGCAUGCCCCUGCAAGAGCAAGCCUUCUUGGUGUUUGCCUUUGGUGCCUGGCUUGCUCCUUACUCUCGGCCCCGCUUCACAUCUACCUCUAACUCUCUGCUGUCCACACAGAAGAGUAAAGCAGGGAAGGUAUCAUGGGAUCCUCCAAAUGCUCAUGCUUCCAGCACGCCUUUCUACAAGUAUGUCCUACAUACUCGGCAAAACAGAAUCCUUGCCCUCAGUGGGACAGUGCUCAUAGGACACUGUAGGAGGCACUCCUUGUGCCACUGGGUCAUGCAUUGGGAGGUAGCCCAGGAACUUGCAAAGUGUCUCAGAAUCAUCUCUCUACCCAAUGGGUGCAUCAAACAGCCUGCCAUUUUUAGAGACUGGUAUGACCCCUCUCUCAUGCCUAAGUGACAGGACAAGACUUCCCAGGCACACUGUCCUAAUGAAAGCACAGUACACACCCCAGCCCUCGGGUUAUCUCUCCAUCUGCUGUGCCCCCACCCUAGGAACCCAUUAGAAUAUUCCACCCAAACGUGAUGCAAUGACACGCUAAUUGUAAAAAUAACAGGAAGGAUAAUGCAUGCACUUCAGGCUGAGAACUAUUUCGUUAAACUGGGCUUUGAAAGCAAGACAGCCAAUUAAAUUAUUUCCCACUUUACUCUCUCACAUACCAGACGCUAAGGAAGGCUAUUACUUCUAAUUAAUCAGAGAGAAAAGACUGUGCACAUGCAUAUCAGAAGAAUGGAGGUAGAGACGCUGCCACCCCUAUCUCCGUCUGCUUGCACAUACGCAUGUACACACACACACACACCAGAAAACUAAGGACUAUCUCACCUAAAGAAUUCCAUGGAUCUUGCUGGGCAGUGGUGGUACACACCUUUAAUCCCAGCACUUGGGAGGCAGAGGCAGGUGGAUCUCUUUGGUUCGAGGCCAGCCAGGUCUACAAGGUGAAUUCCAGGAGCACCAGGGCUACAAAGAGAGACCCUGUCUCGAGAAAAUAAAAACUCCCAUGGAUCUUCUUAAAUGGCAAAAAAAAAAAAAAAAAAAAAAAAACUUCUAGUCCCAAGAGCCACUAAUAAAAUCAAAGUAUUCCUUCUUUGAGUAAUCCAUGAAAAGAGAAACAGGACAUUUUGUAUAUAAGAAUAAACAGCUUUACAGUCAGUUUAAUUAUGAGCUUGUUACAGGAAAAAAAUGAUCUUGUCUUUUUGCCUUUAGUAGAUUAUUUCCACCCAGCUCUCUAUAUCCCAAAUAUAUUAUUCAUUGGUACAGGAGACCAGGGAACUGGGCUCCUGGGCCCUGAUUUCGUAUUGAUGUCAUGCUGACCUUGACGUAUUUAUCUGUGGCACAAGAAGGAGGCCCCUUGUCAGUGCCAUGUGCACCCCACAAGUGUUUAUGAAAGCACACUUAACAGAGCAAACUUAACUGGGUUGCUUGUGUCUUGCCUUAGGAAAACUAGUAGACAAAAGUACACUACACACUUACAAUAUUUUCUAUACAAAAAUUAUGCUGUUUUUACAUUGCUUUUAUAUAAUAUAUGAUAGAAUUAAUAGACUAAUGAUAUAUGGAUUAAUAUCAAUAAUAAAUCAUAAAGAGCAUGAUUAGUGAGGCAGUCUCCUUGGUGACGUGACUUUCGUUCAUGAGCAUCUGUGUGGUGUGCUUUGUGAUCACCAAGUAGACUGUGAGUUCGGCUUAGGCCUCUGCUCACAUCUGCUUACCUUGUACCCAACCUCCUCCCCACUUCACCAUGUUUGUUCUUCUUUGCCAGGUCAGGUACCAAGGGCUGGCAGAGUCUGGCACACUCAGCACCUCUGACCCAUUCUGACUAAUCACAUUCCUGCAGAAAUGGGAACUGGCAUUUACAGAUGCCAAAAGGCAUGGCUGCUAUUCUGGUGAACAGGGUACAGAGAGGGCUGCUUUCUAAAACAUAUCUUAGACCAAGUCCCUGUUUGUUUAUGAAAUGGGUUUAUCUUCUAAUUUCAGAGUGUCAAGACAAGUUUAUUUAACUGACUACAUAACUUCCUAAACUGAAGGCAUAUAAUAUAUAUAAUCAGAAGAGGCAAUGACAUUAUUUAAAUGUGGAAUUAUAAAAACAUUUGCACCCUAGCGAUCCUGUGAGCAAGUCCAGCGCACACAGAAUCUAGACAAGUGACUGGGGAGGUGGCUCCCUGGGUGAAGUGCUUGAUGCUCAGGCACGAGGACUUGAGGUCAGAUCCCAAACACCCACUAAAACCCAGACUUGGCAGCAUGUAUCUAAAUGCAAUGUUGGAGUGGAGUGGCAGAGGGGACAAUCACUGGCUAGCUUGCUGACUAGCCUGUUUAGCUCCACUAGUGAGCUCCAGGCUGAGAGAGAGCGAGCGAGAGAGAGAGAGAGAGAGAGAGAUCCUGUCUCAAAAAACAAGGUGUAGAACUCCUGAGAAAGACACCCAAAAUAGACCUGUAACCUCUACCCUUAGGUGCACACACAUACACCCACACACAUACAAUAUACAUACACAGGUGUACACACACACAAACGUGCACUCUGACAUAUAUGUGACAUAUAUAUGUAUAUAUAUAUACACACACACCAAACAAAAAUUUCAGGAAAGAAAGAAAAGGAUUCACAACAUCUACUUUACCUAAGAACAGCUCCCUUUGUGCAUUCAAAAAUGCUUUUUGUUUUAUUUUUUUAAAAUUGGGUCCACCCACUUUUUUAGGACUUCAGCUGUUACAUAAAGUGGUAGAUACACGUGCCCACAAAAAAAAAAAAAAAACAGCUGGUGUAUAUUUUCUUCCUAAAGAACUUUGAUUGACAGCUUCAAAUAGCAUGAUAUAGACACAUAGUGAAGACAAAGACUUUGGCAAUUGUCCUGAAUCAAUGACAGAAAUCCUGGUUACACCCAGGUCUCCAGUCAGUCCGGUUCCUGCACCCGGAAUUCUAAGGGGCACUGCUGGAAUUUCCACCCAUUUCUGUAGUUUUUUUGUGCUUUCCCAAUGGACUAAACACACAAGUGACUUGAGAUCCCUUCACACUGCUUUAGCUUUUAAUCUUUUAAGAAUAGAUGAAAGUUACAGACCUUCUUUAUAGAGAUGUGUACAUGAAGAUGCUCAGAACUUUGCACAAAAUUCAAGCUAUUAUCCCUUUGAAAAUCUACUUACAAAGUUUGAAUUAUGAAUGUCUGCUUUUAAGGAAUGCUGUUUCCUUGGCCACUGUCUUAAUGUGCACUGUUUGC